UCUAUCCAUCCAUUGUCACCCUAAUCAAAGUGGCACGUCUCGGUUCGAAAGCCGACUUUCCGGUCUAAUAUAAAUAACCUAAGCAGACCGGCGGAAAUAAAAGCACGCAGGCAUUUUUCGGUGGGUCUUUCCGGUUGGAUCAGCUCAGUUUGAAAUUGGAACCCUAGCGAGGGAACCAGCUCUCCCGGUCAGGGAUCAGCAGAACCGAAAGACCUCCGGCGAACAAAGCUUCUAGAUUGGCCGUCGAUUUUCAUUUCUUAGACCGUAUUUGGACGCCAUGUCCGGCCUCCACCGCUCUUCCAGUGUUCCACUUAAAAACGGCUUACCGCCACCGGAACUCCUCGACGAUCUCUGCAGCGUCUCCGUGCAUUAAUUAUGUGCAGUCGAUUUGUUUUGAAUGUGCCAAAAGAAGAUCUACAAUCGUUUGAGAGAAUCUUAUUUCUUGUGGAGUAUGCUCAUUGGUUUUAUGAAGACAAUUCAGUGGAGAGAAAUCCGUCUCUAAAGUCACUUAACUUGAAGGAGUUCACUUCUUUAAUGUUUAAUAGUUGUGAUGUUCUAAAGCCUUAUGUAGCUCAUCUCGAUGAUAUAUUUAAGGACUUCACUUCCUACAAAGUUCGCGUUCCUGUGACUGGGGCAAUUAUUUUAGAUGAAACCUAUGAACGGUGCUUACUGGUUAAGGGAUGGAAAGGAUCAAGUUGGAGUUUUCCGCGUGGUAAAAAGAGCAAAGACGAAGAAGACGAUGCAUGUGCCAUCAGAGAAGUCCUGGAAGAAACAGGAUUUGAUAUUACAGCACUUCUUAACAAAGAUGAAUACAUUGAACUUAUAUUUGGACAGCAGAGAGUGCGACUCUAUAUAGUUGCUGGUGUGAAGGAUGAUACUGCUUUUGCACCGCUCACCAAAAAAGAGAUCAGCGAAAUUGCAUGGCAGCGGCUUGAUGAUCUUUUGCCAGCAAGUGGUGAUGUUAUUUCUCGUGGGAACACUGGCCUAAAACUUUAUAUGGUGGCCCCUUUUCUUGCAUCGCUUAAAUCUUGGAUAUUAGUACAUCAGCCACCAAUAGCUCCAAAAUUUGACAUGCCUCUCAGAGCAAUAUCUGUGUGGAAAGCAAAACACAACUCAAUAGGGAGUAGCGCAAUAGUUACAGAGACUCAAUCAACAAAAACUGAACCUGAUAUUCUUCCUCCCGACUUAGGACCUGGCAAGAGCUUCAGAAACUUCAGGUUUGAUGCUUCAUCAAUCUUACAAGCGAUGGAAGCUGGUUUCUCUGCAUGAAUUCUAACACUACUGCUCUGUAAAGAUUUUUAAGCUCACAUAGCUCCGUUACUUGACCCCAUUUUACGUGUUUUACUACUCACCAAUUAGUGCUUCCCGCAAUGUUUGUUAUUGUGCCCCCCUGUAUAUUGGUUUAAGAAUUUCAGUUUCGGGUUUUACGUAAAUUCUGUACAGAAACCCUCGCUUACCACAUAGGCAUAUGCUUCUCCUUGUUCAUUCUUUGUUAUCAGGUUAGAUGGAUCGGAGAAAGAACUAGUGUAUGUUUCAAGUUUCAACUUUCAGUUAGUGUAGGAGCGUUUGGUUAGCUCUAGUGGAUUUGAUGGACUAGUGUUGAAACUUUUUGGUGUUCCAUAUCAGGGAAAUAUAAUGGUUGGUUUGGCAAA